UACUAUUUAUGAAGAGGAACACUUGAAGCAGGAAGGGACGAGCACCACGAAAUAGUUCGGACACUUGGGUUGGGCUGGAGCACACGCUACACUUGCUGGAGGAGUUUCGUUGCGCAGCUUUUUCUUCUUCACUCACGGUCACCAGCGGGGGGGUCUUAGGACGGUUUGGAUUUCGCACCUUCGCACAGCGUCACGUGGAGUCCGACUUCGACUUGCCGAAAUGGAGCGAAGCGGCCCCCAGAGGCUCCAUGUGAGCGAACCGCCGGGCAGGAGCGAGAAGGAGCGCUCGACGCGCGCUGAGCGCCGGCUUCCCGACGCCGUAUUCGGCAAGUUGGCUGCUGACGAAAAUGGCUCGAUUGCCUCGGUCGACUUCUCGGACUUCUCGGAACCCUCCGAGGGGGUGUCCACGCACACGGACACGUCCUCCUCGGGAGAGCUCGCGCACGCAUUGAUUGAGGGUCGCGCGCCUGCCUGGGGAGAGUUCGAGGCGCGGAUGGACGGCAGGACUGCCUUUCUGGGAAGGAGUCAGGAGCAGCUGGCAGAUCUGUACCAGCAAAUCCAUUCUUUAGCAGACACCUCCUUGCUCCAGCAGUAUGAAGCACUGGUCGAAGCACUGGUGUGUGAGAGCAAGGACCACUUCCUGGAGAGACAGCAGCUGAAGGGUAGCCUGAGAAGGAUGGAGGAAAUGACUUCAGGGCAGCUACCAGAAGUGGAAGAGGACCUGCAGCAGCAGCUCAUCUUGGCUGAACUGAAAGUCAGGGAGGAGCAACAGGAGUGGCAGAAACCAGAGUGGACCACUGCUACACUUGAGAGGAGAAAAGAGAGUGAGGCAGCACACCUGCAGUCUGCUGUUGAGAGGCUUAAAAAGGAAAAGGAGUACCUGCAAAGCUCUCUUACCAAAGCACAACUGAGUAUGUCAUUUCUACAAACUGAGCUGGACAAGAUGAAAAAUGAAUCUGCAAACCAGAGGCUACCACAGGAAUGGGAAAUGAAUAGAAAAUUGUAUGAUGGCAGUGAUGACUUGCAUUCUGCUCUUGCAAAUAUGAGACCAAAUAGCAGAAAGCUGUCCCCCAGACUGGAAAAGUCAAGGCGGAUGCCCAUUCGACAGAGCACCCUGAAGAAUAUUAGUUUCAUAGAUGAGGUAGACCUGAGCACUAUAGACUCCAGAAACGAAAAGUAUUCUCACGUGGCCACCUGGGCUGACAAGUACCUGGACAGUGGAGUAUCGCUCACUAUGGACCCAGCAACAAACUCUGACGAAGAGUACAGCAGUGAUGGUGAAGACCCUAAAGAAACAGUGCACUGCAGUUACUCCUACAUGCCCUCAGAUGUUGAGGACCUAAAAUCAGAGGCUACAGUUUCUCUGGCUCCCAGGCAGGAUAGCUCCAUUGCAUCCUCCAUACGCAGACGGCUUUCUGCUUUCCAUUCUAAGCAAGUGGAUCCAGGUGUCUAUGAUCUUGAAGGACCUGCCCCUGUAUACAGAUUGGUUUUAGCUGGAGAUGCCGGAUCAGGGAAGUCCAGCUUCCUACUAAGACUGAGCAAGAAUGAAUUCAGAGAUGAUAUUCCUACAACACUUGGAGUAGAUUUCCAGAUGAAGAAGAUGUUGGUUAAUGGGGAGAAAACAAGCCUUCAGAUCUGGGACACAGCUGGACAGGAGAGGUUUCGCAGCAUUGCCAGGUCCUAUUUUCGUAAAGCCCACGGAGUGCUACUUUUGUACGAUGUCACAUCCGAAAUCAGCUUCCUCAGUGUACGGGAGUGGAUGGACCAGAUUCAGGAGUCCACAGAUGAACCAAUACCCAUGUGUUUAGUUGGGAACAAAGUUGACCUACGUACUGAGCAAGUGGAAGGCACCUGUGUCAGUGCCGCCCAUGGGGAGAAGUUGGCGAAGACCUACAGUGCACUUUUCUGUGAAACAAGUGCCAAAGAAGGAACCAAUGUAGUUGAAGCUGUCCUUCACCUUGCAAGGGAGGUGAAAAAGAAUGCAAGACUGAGGCAGAAGUCUGAACCAUGGAUGAGGGUGAAGUUGAGCAUGGCAGAUGGGAAGAAGGCCAUCAGCAACUGCUGUGGAGUGUAGAUGGAUAAAGUGAUUCCUCCUAUGGAAGGAAUUUCAUUACAGUUACAGGAUCCAACAUUUCAAGACUUUAAAAUUGCUGUACAAUGUUUUUACUGUUUUCUAACUUAAAUUUAUGGGUCUAUUUUUUUUAAACUCUGUAAACCUUGCUUCUAUUUUAAGGCUACUGUCGAUGAAUCCUAGUUGA